GCCUGCGUACUACAGUUCCUACCCGUCGCUGCGGCCGGGAUCGGGAAGUGUCAAGCGGGAGCUGGGUUCCCCCACCUGCGCUCCUGCCACCGCUGAUCCCGGCCUCCCUAGUCAGGCCCGGGCUCAGCCGCCAUGACGAACGUGUACUCCCUGGAUGGGAUUCUGGUGUUCGGUUUGCUCUUUGUUUGCACCUGUGCCUACUUCAAGAAGGUUCCUCGUCUCAAAACCUGGCUGCUAUCAGAGAAGAGGGGAGUGUGGGGUGUGUUUUACAAAGCUGCUGUGAUUGGAACCAGGCUGCAUGCUGCUGUGGCAGUCACCUGCGUCGUCAUGGCCUUUUAUGUCCUGUUUAUAAAAUGAAUUCCAAAGCAUCCAUCUCAUCAACUGCCAACCACGCGGACGAGGGUGAAGAACCCGGGGCCUGGACCCAGCGUAGGAGAGUUCAGCUAAAAUCAUCAAAGUCACCAGGAUGACACCACAGCACCUGCCCCUCCCACAAGUGGGGAAAACUCAUGGUUACAAACAUUAGUCAUGCUUCAGGGGACUCCAGAAAGCCAUUAUCCUUACAUCAGUCCUCGGCAGACAGCACAUAACAUCCAGAUAAAUUGCACCCCUGGGUGAUAACAUUACAUACCUCCUGCCUAAAAACCUGUCACCUGUUCUGUUCCUCAGCCCUGGUCAGGAUCUUUUCAAAUGGAGGCUCAUUAGGGAAGGAAUAAGCUGUAUUCAGAUCUCUUGGAAGGAGAUAAUUUUCAAGACUAGACUUUUUUUUUUUUUUUACUGUUUUGAUUUAGAUUUGGCAAACUGGAGGAAAGUGGGGGGGCACUGGGUAGGAAACAGGAGUUGUACAAUGCCAAGAAAUGUUUGGGCUUUGGAAAUUUAUCUUUCAUAUAUUCAUCUGGCAGUAUAAGAGAACAUGGUCCUCACUGCAAAAAGAGAACAGAUGAAAUCACUGUGCUGUGUGCUGGAGAGUGUUGCCAAGAUAUAACCGGGGCCUCCAUAAGACGUGGGAGUUAUCUGUCUGUGGUGAGACCAGAAAGCAGGAACUCACAAGAAAUAAGGUUUUGUUCACCAGUAUCCCCAAAAGGAGACUUCACCCCAACAAAUGGUAUAUGAACAUGAAUCCACUGUCUGUUUUCCUAAAGCCUUUUUAUAUUUUCUAAAUUACUGACUGCUACAUGCUGUUACUCAGUUUUAAAUGCCACCACUAGGGAAAAGAGAAACGAUUGAAGAAAUAAUUAAUAUAUUUGCAGCUAGGGUAGAAGAAAUAUAUCUAGUAUAUUAGUUCAUAUUACUAGUAAAGCUGUCUAGUAUAAAUUGAUUGUGAUGUAAAAUGGAAGUUUUAUCAUGUUAUCCAAGAUACAAACUUAUUCUUUGUUUAAAUCUGGUUUAUUAUGGCAAUUUUUAGUCGAUUACUUGUUUUUCUUGGCCAACUCUUAAUUUUAUUCAUAGUAAAACCCUCUUUAGCUGUCCCUUGUAAAUCUUGUAUUAUAAGAACAUGAGAAAUUCAAAUGAGAGAAGUUGCUGAUAUUCAUAGGCAUAUUUGAACAAUUCAUAGAAUCCAUGAAUAAAAUGAGGGUGACAACAUUUGAAGGGAAGAUUUCUCCAUUCCCUCCUCGUAUCAGCAGAAGGAUCCAAUGUUUUAUUUUUGAAGCCUAGAACUUCUUUAUUUUAAAAAAAAGUUGGUCUAAAAUUGUAAAAAGCAGGCAUGGACAUAGGUCUACCAUGAGAUUGGACAUAGGUCUACCAUGGAUUGUCCAUGAGAGCAAAACUUGACUGUGGACAAAGUAACGGUGGUUGCCCCUGUGUGACAGUAAGUUGUCUUUUGUCUUUCUCCAAAAGGACAGAAGCUGCUAGGAAGUUUAGGUUCUAAAAUAGGCAGUUUAGUCUUUGAGGAUUUCUCAAAGUACAGAAAGUCAUCACGUAAACACUACAUGUCGAAUCAUCUCAGAGUUGUGGCUGUUGUCUCUUCAGGAAUUGGUCCACAGGGUAAAAUUUCAAUGAUUCAUAUGUUUUCAAUGGUCAUUUCUGAGGAUCUCGCAUGAAAGAAAGGAAAAGGGAAAGAAGAGCUAUACCUCGUGGGUGUGAGUUUGGGACCUGCUGGCCAACAGGGGUGUCACUCCCUGGAAAUACAAGUUCAGCAUGUUUGCACUUGUUACUGUGUAGCUUUAAUGACUUUUUUUUCUAAUAGGGCUAAUGUCUCUAAGCUUUGUGCUUAGAGCUGUUUCAGAUUUUAAACUAGUUCCAUUUCACUGUUCUAGUUAUUCAAACCAUUUUUUUACAGCCUCCUGGGUGGGUCAUCUUAACUCUUGAAUUGUAAUAUUUUGAGAUGUUUUCAUUCCAGAAUGUACCAAAAAGUGCACAGAGUGAAGGCAAUUUACAGCAAAACAAAACAAAACACACAGCUUAUUUCAUUUGACUUUAUAUAUGCAGAUAAGCAGAAACCUGUUUAACUCAUUACUUGAUGUGUCAUAUUUUUUGACUGAAAAUUAAUAGAAGUGGUUCCUCUAAGAGGGUCUUUUAGAGGUGGGAGAAGGGAGAUAGCAGUAUCGCCCCAGACUCAUACUGGCAUCACCAUAACUUCUGUAUGCCAGGGUGGUGUGAAGUCAGCUUUUUAUAGUUGAAAUACAAUUUUUUAUUCACCAUUGUCUGCACAAAUUCUUGAAAAUAAAAUUUCUUUCCCUAC